AUGUUCGCCAAAACCAACAGAAAGGAUCUGUUCAAGUCUCCACCAACUGUAUUCACAGACAGGCUUAUCUCCCAAGAGGCGCGUCGAUCUAAGGCUUUGGAAGAACAGAAACGCAGACGAGCACAAAAGUUUGAGUCCUCCCGGCAACUCGAUGCUUUCGCCGAUCUCAAUCUUGGGAACUCUGAUGAUGACGGUGACCUCGAGGAUGAGCCAGAGAUAAUACGUGAAGGUGUAUCCGGUUUUGUGCAGAUGGUGUCACAACCUGUGGAGAUCCAGUCUUUGUCCUCCGAUGUGCACAAUCACGAGACAGUGCAAUCGGGGAAGCAACGAGGGAAACCCCGACGUAAACGUAUCAAAGCCAAGCCGUCCAAAUGGGCCGACAAAUGCAUGUACGCUGAGCUCCUGGAGAUGAAUGAAGAAGCCCACUUAUGGGACAGUCAAUCUGGUGAUGUGAUUGAUGGGCUUCCACGCGAUUUAGAAGCAGCCUGGGUAGCAGUGGCACCUGUUCCUACUGGGAAACGAUGCUUAGCUGUUACUCAUCAGUCGGCCGGAAUAGUUGGCACAUCGCCAAAUACGACUCUUCGAUCUCGUGUAUUGGGCAAGAUGCUCCUUCCUAGAUUUCCAUCCUCCCUCCCACCUCUUACGGUGCUCGAUUGUAUUCUCGAUGUCAACUGGAGAGAUAACGGCAUUAUUCAUGUCCUGGACGUGCUCAAGUGGAAGGGUCAAGAUGUCGGUGACUGUGAGACCCCUUUCAGGUUUUGGUGGAGAGAUACCCGCUUAGCAGAACUUACAAAGCCCCCUCUGCCAUCUGGAAAUUUUUUAUUUACAGCCCCUUCCACGACUGCGGACGCAUCAUCUCAAAAUGCCGGGUCACUUUCAAAUAUACCUACUUCUGAGCGUGAGCGCUACCGCUUUCCGUAUCCAACAUCUUUUGUCCCAAUACCAUAUCACACUGAUACAACAUUGACUUCCCUCUCUUCAUUUGUCAUCCCUAUGGCGCGAUCAACACGAGAAAUCAGUGUUGAUAUCCCUGUGCAUGUCUCACCACCAGAAUUCACAUCGCAUGAUAUGGCUAUCGAUGGCGCUCAUAAUUCAAUGGUCUCACGCUCUACUACGUCAGUUGUUGCGCGUGUGGACUCCGAUGGGUUGUUGCUGUAUGUGUCUCACGCAAGCUAUGAAGAGGGAACCAGUCCCUUAAGCUGUUGGAUACCCAACAAGGCGAUCGCAGGGCACCCGGAACUUCCUGGUAUUUCUGAAGGUCGCGACAGCCCGCUUGAUGUGUUCCAACGUCUGGUCCAGCGGCGCACUAUGAAGAAUCUUCAUGUAGUACUCGGUUUACAAGAGUCUAUGAACAUAUGA